AUGAAGGCAGCUAUAGCUAUACUUAUGUGUUUAUUAGGGUGCACUAGUGCGGGAGAUUAUGGAUAUGGAGCACACGACGGUCCAGAGCAUUGGGGUGAUAUUUGUCAGAACGGAAUACGUCAGAGCCCUAUCGACAUUCGUCCUCAUCUUGUUGAUUAUGCAGUUCUCAGCAGACUUCACUUCAAGCAUUAUGAUCAUGCAGAGGCUAUCGAAGUCACCAAUAACGGUCACACAGUUGUUGCAAGCGGCUUUGAAAAUUGGGGUGUUCAUCAGCCAUCCGUACAUGGUGGUGGUUUAAAACAUUCGUAUAACCUAGUACAACUUCAUCUGCAUUGGUCUCACAAUGAUCACAGUGGAUCCGAACAUAAACUCGCCGGAUUACAUUAUCAAGCUGAGUUGCAUCUUGUACACGUCCGACAUGAUUUGACACUGAAAGAAGCCUUACAUCAUGUUGAUGGUCUUGCAGUUGUUGCUGUCUUCUUAGCCUUAUCUCAUGAUUCUGAACCUUUGUCAUACUUAGCUCCUGCUUUGGAACACAUAACGCAACAUGAAUCAAAUAGUACCAUUGACGAUUUUAAGCUGCGCACCUUACUCCCAGAUAACCAUGAUGCUUUCUAUAGAUAUGAGGGUUCAUUGACGACCCCAACAUGUAACGAGGCGGUGAUCUGGACAGUCUUGGCUGAACCAGUGUCGAUUACUUCUAAACAGUUGAAAGCUUUUCGGCAAUUACAAGAUAAGAAAGGAAUCCCUAUGUCCCAUAACUACCGUCCAGUUCAACCAAUGAAUGGUCGUAGAAUACUAUACAGACCUAGUCAAGUUGAUCGAAGUUUCGUACUAUCGAUCUUGGACUCAACAUCUGCGUCAUCAACUAUCUCGAUGUUUAUAACUGUUUUCGUUACACUAAUGUAUUGUAUGUAA